AUGUUUUUACUUGGAAUCUUAUCUGCAACUGCUCGACAAGAAAUUACUACUAUAGGACAAAAACGUAAUAAACUUGCAAGUAAAUAUAUAUUUGAAGGAAUAGAAAUAUGCAAUAAUACAUUUUUGACAAUUUAUGGAAUUGGAGAAAAAUAUUGGAGAAAUAUUAGAAAUCAUUUUAUUAAACAUGAAAUUAGUCCAAGAAUCUAUAAAUUAACUAAUAAAAAUAGUAAUUUUGCUAUAUCAUUUGAAAUAAUUUUAAAUAUACUUACUUUUAUAAUUAAUUAUGCAAAUAUUUAUGGCUUACCUUCACUAG